AUGUCGGAAGAUGGAGAGUUUUCGGGAGAUGAGCUGGAAUUUGAGGUGAGUUGUUUUUGGGCGGGAAAAAUUUGAAAUUUAAAAAAAAAUUAAAAUUUGAAAAAUACAGUAGGCUAGGGUUUUCGGCCCGAAAGUUGUGCUAAAAUCAUUUAAAAAUUCAAUUUGAGCUACAGUAUUCUAGAACAGCCUAAAAUACAGUACCCCGCGAUUUUGGCGGCAAAAAUUCAAGGUCAAUUUUUUCUGCUACAAAAAAUUUACAGUUUCAAAUUUUUUCCAGAUUUUUGACUGUAAAUAUUGAAAAUUUCAUGAAAAAAUCGAAUUUGAAGUCAAUUUUCCCAAAAAACUUCAUUUUCCCACCCAAAAAAUCGCAAAAUUCAAAUUUUUCUCUUCAAAUAUCCAUUCGCUCAGCUCGAACAAUUAUAUCCUUUCCAUUCUCGCCCAAUUUUUCCUCAAAAUUUCCAGAUUUUCUCUCGAUUUUCUGAUUUUUCUCCGAAUUUUGAGCUUCGAGCUCAAAUUUUGGCUCAGGUUUCACGCGAAUCGCAAAACCUUCCGACCUGAAAUCUUUAAAAAUUUUGAACAAAUUUUUGGAAUUUUAACUCACUCUUGGCCAAAAAUUUGGAGAACAAUUGAAAAUAAUAUGAAAAUCAGGAGAAAUUUCAUGGUUUUGAUGAAAAUUGAGAAAUUUCGAGGAUUUUAUGGGGGAAAUUAGAAUAAUUUAAUUAUUUUUAUCAAUUUUGUGAGUCAUUCCUGUGAAUUUUCCCUGAAAAAUAAGGAAAAAUAAUUUUCAAACUUUUAAAAAUUAAUUUUAUUAUUAGCAAAAAAAUUUUUUUGCGUUUUCGUUUUUUUCUGAAAAAUUUGAAUUUUGGAGCAGUUUUGAGCCAAAAAUUUUCCGUUCAAUUUUUGAAAUUGAUAUAGAAGUUCCAGAAUAUAGAUCCGGUAUUCAUUGAUUUGAAAAUUCUGAACAAAAAACAAUUUUUGAAGGAUUUUUUGAUGGGAAAACUUACAUUGUGACCCUGUUUAAUUGCCAUGAUCUGUGAAUUUUCCGAACUUUUUUUUUGGUCCUGAAAAUUUAAAAUUAGGAAAAUUCCGAUUUUUCAGAGAAAAAUUGUAUAAAAAUUUCAAUUUUUGAUUUAUAAACUCACUAUUUCUCAUCAUUGAGCGUGGUGUUUUGAAGAUUUUAUCUGAAAAUUCAAGAUUUUCAAUUGGAAAUGAACGAAAAUUGGAUUUUUCAGUCAAAAAUUGAUGAAAAAUCUGACUUUUUUGGCUCAGAAACUCACAUUUUUCAUUUAAUUUUCGAUUAUAAAAUAGUUCCAGAAUAUAGAUCCAGUAAUUAUUGAUUUGUAAAUUCUGAGCAAAAAUUAAUUUUUGAAAGAUUUUUUUAUCGAUAGCACAUCUCCUGAUACGAUUGCUAAAAAUUCCAAUUUUCCACGUAUCUGGAAUUUUUAGAAAUUAAAUUAAAUUUUUUUCAUUUAAAAAAAUUAGGAAAAAAUCUUUAAAAGCUCACCUGGUUGAUAGAUUGAGUAUGAUUUCCAUCCGCAAUUUUUUUUGUGAAAUUGAUAUAGAAGUUCCAGAAUAUAGAUCCGGUAUUGAUUUUUGAAAUCUAAACAAAAAUUAAUUUUUGAAGGAUUUUUUUAAUUGGAAAACAUACAUUUUUUGGGUACUAAUUUGUUCAGGACAAAGCUCCUCAAAAUUCCUUUCAUAUUUUUGACCUGGUUAUCUCCCUGUGCAUAGAGAAUCUGAAAUUUUCAGAUUUUUGAUGAAAAAUUAAAGAAAAAUCCAAUUUUUUGGCUCAGAAACUCACUAAAUUUAAUUUUUGAAAUUUGAUAAAGAAGUUCCAGAAUAUAGAUCCGGUAUCUGAAAAUUUCCAGAUUUUUUUAAAUCGAAAUUAAAAAAAAAACUUACUUUAUUUUUUUCUACAUAAUUUAUGAUCUCAGUCCGCAGAACAGUUUGGGUUUUGACAUUUUUCUACAAUUUCUUUUCGAUAUUUAUUUUUUUGGCCUGAAAAAAUGGGAUUUUUGCGCGAUUUUUUAAAGAAAAAAAGGAACUUACAUUUGAGAAUGUGAAAUUUUAGCACUUUUUGGCGCUCCUGAAAACUUUCAGAUUUUUUCAGUGGAAAUUUUGAAUUUGGCUCCAAAAAUAGGUCUAGAAGUGGGGUUUUUGGGGCCAAACUUUGAAAAUUGAAAAAAAAUUAAUUUUUUCAUAGAAUUUGGCUGAAAAUUCAGAUUUUCACAUGAAAAUUGACUGAAAUCUGCUAAAAAUGCGAUUUUUCAAGUAAAAAAUGAGGUUUUUUCUCAGAUUUUCGAUGCAAAAUCGAAUUUUCCACUCAAAAUUUCGUGAUUUUUCCCAUUUUUCCCCAAAACCCAGAGAUUUGUAGAUUUCUAUCAGAAAAUUUUGACCUUGAAAUACUUUUCCACUCACCUCAUUUUUAUCCUUCAAAAAAUGUUUUUUUCGAAUUUUCAUUUGACAAAAAUCGAUAUUUGCAUUGUUUAGAAAUGCAAUUCGGCUGAAAAUUUCAAAUUUUUCAAUAAAAAUUGAGCUAAAAAUCGAAUUUCUUAUGAAAUUUUGGUUAGAAAUGCUCCAAAAUUCAAAAUUUCAUCAAAAAAUUCCGAAUAUUCACGGUGUUUCACCCAGCAAGGCCCAAAAUCGUGGAAAAAUGUGACUUGUUCGGUGGAGCGCGCUUGCUCGCUCCACCAAUUUUUUUUCCUACUUUGCCACAUUUUUUUCCCGAUUUUCGGCAAGUUUCUUCAACUUUCAGCCUAGGAAUGGUAUAUUUUUUGAAUUUCAAAAUUUUCGCGCUAAAAUUGACUGUAGUAGGCGCCAAAUUCAAAUUUUUUUUCGGAUUUUUCAUUAAAAAACUUCAUUUUUAUCCGAUUUCAGUCAUUUUUUCACCAAAAUCUCCAAUUUUUCCCGCCAAAAUUCAAAAAAUCUGAAAUUUUCAGCCACUCCGCCCACCACCAGUCGAGCCAAUUCUACAACCGCCGAAAAAUGCGUCGGUGCCUUUGGAUUAUGGAAGAUUGCGAAGAAGUGCCGAAAUUUUGAUGCAUAAAGGAUGUGUGAGUGGUUUUGGUGGGAUUUGGGUGCGAAAUUUGAAUUUGCCGCCGAAAAUUGAGCCUGGGGAAGGUUUUUGCGCGAAAAAAUGCUCAAAAAUCAUUUUUUGAACCAAAAAUUCUGAAUCUAGGCCAAAAUCAGCUGAAAAUCUCAAAAUUCCAGAAUCUUCAAAUGAAUGACCGUGAACUUCGCGCCGCCAUCAAAACAGCCAUGGAAUUCGAGAAAUCCUUCAUCGCUCUACUUGAAUCCAAAAAACAACAAUUCAAAAUAUUGGAAGAAUGUUUCGAGAUUGAAAGCCAACAAUGUCGCGCACUUUUGGAUGAAUGCAAGGAGGUUUUGAAGGAGAAACACGGGAUUGAGGGUGAGGAUUUGAGAAAUUUGGUGAUUUUGAGGCAAAAUUCAUUGAAAACCCUGGAUUUUGACCUAAAAACCGUUAUUUUCCGUCAAAAUUGACCUGGAAUUGAUGAAAAUCCGAAGAUUGCCUUCUGAAUCACAGAAAAUCCAUAAUUCCAUCGUUCCUACCUCGAAAAAUGACCCUAAAACCAAAAAAACCUUCUAAAAAAAAAGUAAAGCAACGACACUCCGCAAUGACGCCUCCGUGUAGUUCUCCCGGACAAGUUUGAAAAUUUUUCAAAAAUUGUCAUUUUUCCGGUUUUCUUGGGUUCUAGGGUUAUUUUUUGUGAUUUUGGAGGUAGGAGUGGUUAGAAUUGAUGAGAAAUAGUAGGGAAAUUAGGAUUUUCAGGAAAAAACCUUAAUUUUGACCUAUUUAUGGUUGAAAAUGGGAAAAUCGCGUUUUAGGGUGAUUUUUCGGUUAAAAUUGAUGAAAUUUACACAUAGAAAAAAAUGAGAAAAAUUUGCUUUAGACGCGAAAUUACGACCAAAACCCUCUGACCGCACGCUGACCCUCGACUCCGCCCUCUUUUUCUCUCUCAAAACUGCAAUUUUGCGGCGCACUUUUUUUUUCCUUUGAAAAAUGUUCGCAUUCUAGAACAUUCUUCUGCGUCUCUCACCCCUUUUCCGCCUGCGUAUUUGAAUCUGCAAACACUGCACAGCAGCAAAAAAUGUUUUAUUUUUUUCCAUGUGAAUUUAUAAGCUAACCUAGGUUUUGACUAAAAUUUUACUAAAAAUUGUGUACUAGACAAAAUUUCACGAUCUGUCACUCUAUCCCAUUCGAUUUUCAGGUUCAGAAUUCGAAAAUCUACUAUCUCCCGAUGAACUCAAAGCCAAAAUCACCGCCACAUUCUCGGACCAACCGGAUACUUCAAAACCGCCGCCCAAUUUCCGCGCACCACCGCCACAUUUGAUCGGAAUACCGUCGGUGAGUGAUUUUUGGGCGAAAAAAUUGUCAAAAAAGCAUUUCUUUGUACCUAGGAACCCUAGUUUCUUUGUUCCCUUAUCUAAAUGCGGAAAUUUGAUAAAAAAUUUUCAAAAUUGCUGAGAUCAAAGAAAAAUUGUCCAGAAAAAUAAGAGAAAAUCGAAAAUCUGAUUUUUUAAAACCAGUUUUUGAUCAAAAUUUGGAACUGGUGCCUAGAAAACAUGAUUUUCGACCGAAAAAACACAAAUUUUAGGUUAAAAAUCAUAUUUCCCACAGGAAAAACAGGUUUUUGAAUGUAGUUGUGAGAACUUUGAUCACUUUUUGAACUAAAUAUGUGACAAAAUUUCUUCCACGUCAUUUUCAGCUAAAAAUUAUAAAUUUUAAACUUCCUACGCCCAAUAUCACAAAAACAAAACAUUUUGAGCAACAAAAUAUUUGUAGAAUUUUUGAAACGUAUUUUUUCGGGUCCCAAAUUUUUGUCAGAAAAAAACCAGCUCAAAGUGUCAAAAUUUGUCCAAUUUUUAUGAAUUUUUCAAUAAAAAUGGCUAGAAAUCCGGAUUUUCAUUGAAAUUCAGAAACAAAUGCUUAUAAUUUCCAAUUUUCAUGAUUUUCGGCUCAAAAUUGUCCAAUUUUCAUGAAUUUUUCAUUAAAAAAUCUCUCGCUCAAAAUUUAGUCAAAAAAUGCUUGAAACUUGCGAUUUUCAUGAUUUCCUGCUCAAAAUUGUCCAAUUUUCAUGAAUUUUUCAUUUAAAAUGCCUGAAAAGCAACUUUUUCAGUUCUAAAAUCUCCAGAUUCUCUAACAUCUAUGAAUUCAGAUCUAAAACAUCGAUUCCAACGAAAUUCAUUCAAAAAUCAAUCAAAUAUACCUAAUUUCAUGAUUUUCGGCUCAAAAUUGUCCAAAUUUAUUGAUUUUUCCACCCAAAAAAUCCCGAAUUUCCAGCAAUUCUCCACUCCACCACCUUCUCUUCCACAUUCUCAUUCCUCUCCUCAAAUUCGCCAUCACAAUCUUCACCCACAACAUCGCAUCUCACCUUUUGGUGUUCCUCAAAGAGAUCCAAGAAGAAUUCCGCCAUUCAUCACACCACCUCCAUUUUUGGCGAUGGAAAGACGGUGGGAAAUGGGAAAAAUUUGAAAUUUCUAUUGAAAAUCCAGUUUUCCCCGUGAAAAUUGCGAAAUUUUGAGAUGGAAAGUUCAAAAAUUGAUGAAACUUGUGAAAUUUUCAGAUUUUCUGGCUGAAAAAUGCUGAAAAUCGUGAAAUUUUCGAUAUAGAAAAUGUAAAAUUUAUUGUGAACUGAAUUUCGAUGAAAUUAUUGAUUUUCAGCCAUUUUUUAAUGUUAAAUUCAUGAAAAUUGAACAAUUUUGAGCUAAAAAUCAUGAAAUUCGUGAUUUUUGGGUCAAAAAAUGCUGAAAAUCACGAUUUUCUAGCUGAAAAUGCUGAAAAUCGAUAGUUUUUAUCUGAACUUCCUGAUUUUUUCAUCAAAAAAUCACAUUUUCUAGCCUACAAACUAGAAAUCAUCAGAAAAUCCAAUUUUCUGAUCAAAAAAUGAUUGAAAAUCACAUUUUCUAGGCUACAAAUCUUUCCGAAAUCUCAUAUAAAAUCUGGUUUUUUUUCUCGGCAAAAUCCAUUUUUUGCCUAAAAUUUGACCAAAAAUCGAUUUUUUUUCGAUCAAAAAAACAUUUUUUUGUCAAAAAACAAUAUUUUUGUUUUGAGAUUGAUAAUAAAAAUUACGAUUUUCUAUUGAUUUUUCGAUUUUCCAAUCUGAAAUUAAUUUCAGAUUUGAACGUGGCUGCUGGAAAUCGAGAAGUCCGCCGCCGACUAGACGAUUUUGA